AUGGUUGGAGGACGACAGAAGCUUUUCAUCACAAGCGACUGUAUGUACAAACGGGAGAUCAUGUCUCUACUGUUGGUCACUUUGGGUUUGUACCACGAGCACCAGAGACCAGACAGAGACCAGUACAUAGAUGUACACAUGGACAACGUACAGAAUAGUAAGUACACCAGGAACAAGUACAUACAGGUACACAUGGACAACGUAAAGGAUGUGGCAAGAGAAUAUUUUGAGAAGAUACCCAGCAGUACAACUGACCUAUUAGGGUUUUCUUAUGACUUUUACCCUAUCACACAUUUCGUUGCCUAUGCCUUCGCCAAGGAUCUGAGAUGUCCUACAAUCACCACGACAGUUCCUGACGUCAGCUUUGGAAACAGCAGCAUACUCAGCUACUACGACAUCCUCAAAAUACAGACAGUGUACAGGUGUAAAAAAGGUGGCGCUGAAAGGUCACAUCCUGUCAAUAGGGAAUACAUGACGCAGUACGCCUACCGACGUAUCUUGAAGUCAAGUGACCUCGCGUGA